AUGGAAGGCGACGGAAGCGAAGACCCGGAGGAGCUACGUGCGCAGGUGGAGGUGCUACAGAGCCUGCUAGAUCGAAGUCUGGAGGUUGUGGAGGCCAUGCUGGGGGAGGCCGAGGUGGCGGCGGCAAAGGGACGGCGGCGUGGCGGCGAGGUGUCUCGGCCGCGGGACGCACGGGAUCUGGCGCACUCAUUGGUCUCCUUCCGCAAGCGGCUGCGGGCGGAGGAGGGCAUGCUGGAUCGGCUACGGACGGGUCUCAUUCCGCUCACAGCCAACAGGGUCAAGUCAUCCAAUCUCCACGCCCUCUCGGCCAUCCUGGCCACCGCACGCAAGCUCGAUGGCCUCGUCAGGCUGGGCGGAUCCUUCAAGUACGGCGCCAAGGCCAAGGUCUACGUCGAUGCGGUGGUCAAGACUCACUCGGCUGUCGAGUGGCUCAAGGUCAAGGUCACUCCACCAGUCCCCUUUCACAACAUGUACGCCGGCCAUGGCCGCGCCUCGUCGUCGUCCAUGAUCGAUCAGGCCCGCCACCUCCUCGACGCUGCCGCCGAGCACCCACAUGGCUUUACCAUUCCGGCUGUCGUCUACGUCUUUGUCGGUGGCGUCUCCAUCUCGGUCGCCGCAGACCUGGAGGCGCUUGGCAUUGUUGUUCGCGGCGAGCGGGUCGAUCUCGGCCCGCUCGAUGGUGUCGCCCACGCCGCUGCCCCGUCACCGUUCAUCUGCCCGUCGACGCUCGCUUCGUUUGGCCUGCUUGACAGCCCGGCCGGCCCGCUCGUCUCGGCGCCAGCUACCACCGUCACCGAGGCCGAGCUGGCUGAUCUCAUGGCCGGCGGCAAGAUCAUCGAGGACGCGCAGGGCAAUCGGUAUGUUGUCGAGACGAUCGAGGAGUAUGAGUACGAGUACGACGAGUAUGACGAGCCCGAAGGCAAUGACAAUGGGGACGUGGUUGGUGCGGCGGCAAGCACGCCGCCGGCCGACAGCAGCGCCGAGAUGCUCAAUCUGGACGUCUCCGCAAUCCUUGCCUAUGUCUCGGACCUCUGCCAGCCUGGCGGCGCCGAGACCGAGUUUGACGACCCGCUCAUUGCCAAGCAAGCUGCCAGCGAGCGACAGCAGCGGCAGCUGCCGCUAAUGGAACGGAUGAUGGCCGGCAAGCGGCUGGUGGUCUGCGAGACCGCACUCGCCUCACUCCAGGCCAUCCUCGACACCGUGGCUGGGCCCGGCGAGCGCGCCCGUGCCGAGGCGCUCCUCGCCAACGUCGCCAUUGUUCCCGACGAGCUUUCCGAACGGAUGGCGAGCCUCCGCCCGACGCUCCGCAUCAAGCCCCGCGCCCGGGUGGUGUUUGGAGUCGGCGACGCACUGGGCGUCCCGACGCUCACCGCCAACAACGGCUUUGUCCGUGCCGCUGCUCAGCAAGGCUACAACUUUAAGGCCAUUGUCAUCAUGGCCCGCGCCCUCACCGAGAGCCGCCGCCUCGAGCAGGCCGGCCUUACGCCAGACCUGGAUACCGGCUGCGCAUAA